AUGCCGGUUGGRUUCUUUCCMUCAGAUGUUAAMCUGAAGSUGUUUAAGGAGCCUGACUUKARCRGUUUGAGYUCCAUGCUGGUSAGAGAAGACAUCGGUCUGCUCUUCAUCGGAGCCAGAGGAAAGGUCAUCACGCUCAGUUUGGAUGACAUCACCAAGAAGACCAGCGAGACUAACUGGACGGCAAGAUCUGAAGACAAAUUAAAGUGCCUGGAGAAAGGCAAUAGCACCAAGGAAUGUGACAACUACAUCACAAUGAUGCACACUCUGGAUGAUGGCAGAAUUCUGGUUUGUGGAACCAAAGCAYUYGAWCCKACCUGCACACACCUGAUGGUCGACAAAGGACAUAUCACCAUGGAGAACACAACUCACAGUGGCAUAGGGAUAAUUCCCUCUAACCCCAGARAAAAAUUCUCCUCCUUUAUGGAAGAAGGAAAGACGUUAUAUACCGCAAAAGAAAAUGUUUUCCAAAGACAUGGGAGCAGAGAGAUGAAGAAUGCAAUGGGACACAAUUUUUUCCAUGAUCCCGCCAUGAUUUCCAUACACAUGGUUGAAAUAAGCAAAACUUCAGAGGACAAAGAGGACGACCACUUGUUCUUGUUCUUCACCGAGAAAAGUGCUGAAUUGAACGAAGUUAAAACGUCGAGAGUUGCACGAGUGUGUAAAAGCGACGAGGGAGGAAAAGGUGUCUUGUUGAAAGAGUGGACUUCUUUCCUGAAAGCCCGUCUGGACUGCCCGUUUGAAGACAUAGGCUCUUACUCUCUGAUGCAGGACGUCUUUUUUCUACGAGAUAAAAAUAAUAUAAUGGACAGCAUCUUCUACGCAACAUUCACCAUAAACCCGAAGCCGUUCAGUUCCUGCAGUCAGUUCGCUGUCUGCGCCUACAAGCUGUCAGACAUCCAGGAAGUUUUUAGGGGGGACUUUAAGGCCACUGAUAAUACUGGCAAUUGGGUCAUUUACAAAGGACCACGGGAUACCCUCUAUCCUAAUUCAUGUAUUAAUGAUGGAAUGCGAGCCGUGGGUGUGAAGGUCUCGAAGAACCUAGAGGACACAGUCCAUAAUUUUAUGAUGAGUCACUCUCUGAUGCACAAAGAGGUGACCCCGAUCACUGGGAGGCCCCUGCUGGUCCAGUCUACAGCCCAGUUCUCCAGAAUCGUUGUUGACAAAGUAACCUCUCUGGAUGGACAGCAGCACAUCAUCAUGCUUAUUGGCAACAGUAAGUAA